AAAAAAAUUGAAAGGUUAAAGACUAGGUUUCAAAUCAAAUCUGACACAUGCAUCAUUCUCUCCAAUAAUGUUUCUCAACAAUACCAACGUUGUUGUUUGAUCCUUUGUCUCAAUUGGGAACAAACAAUGUCAACCCCAUUAGAGAGAUACCAAAAACUUGACCUAACAGAGUCUCUAUCAAAAAUCUACAGAUACCCAAUUGCUUGUAAAGAGCUAAGCUUUAUUCUCAGAGAAGCUUUUCAUCAAUUCCCAAAAAAUUUACAAACCCUAAUUUUUCAAGAUACUCUCUUUGCCUUUCGUCUCAUUCCACAAAUGCAGACUCAGAGUGCUGUUUCAGCAGUCCAUUUACUCCUUCAGAGUGUUGAAGCGGCGCUGCCAAAGCAGAAAAAGAAUAUGGCUGUGACAGAAUUUAAGCAUGCAAUGGUUGCUCAUAAGAGGCGUUCUAAAGCUCAACACCAGGUAGAAAAAGAUUCAUUGCAACUACCACAAGAUGUUCUUGUACACAUUUUCAGUUUUCUAGAUAUGCAAUCUUUGGUCUCAGCGGGGAUAGUUAGCUGGUCAUGGAACAUGGCUGCAAAUGAUAACCAUCUGUGGGAGUUGCAGUAUGUUGUACUGUAUGACUGUGCUGCUAAACAGGCUGUUAAACAGCACCCUGUGAGACCCGAUGAAGAAGUGAAUGAUAAGCUUUUACAGAAACCCCUGGAUACUAGAAUGGGUGUUAACUGGAAAGAGGCCGUUAAAGGAGCAUACACUGGAUCACUAUCCAAGAAAUUAACAACCAAUCGAGGUUACUGCAAACACUGCAAAGCUAUAGUUUGGUUAAACAACUCAAAAUGCCUUAAUGUACAUGGAGGAAUAAUAUCUAAAAUUCAUGAUGUCAAACCUGUAACGUCAUUCCAGGUUGUGGAUUAUCUUCUAGAUGAUUCUCUAUCCAUAACAUCUUCCUCAGACAGUGACAGUGAUUCAGAUGGAGAGUCGGUUUCUUCUAGGUUAUGGGCGUAUCCCAAGCAUUUGCAUUGAAUCAAAUCAAUGGCCAUUCUGUUCUUGUAUGGUAUUUUAAGUAGCCUACAGUUUUUUUCUUCUUUGCAACAUCUAGCUGGUGUCAUUCACUAAGAAAAGAGCUGAUUGCAAUCCCUGGCAGGCAUCACAGGAAUUAGAUAAUUGCCAUUUUUUAUAUAGUAUGAUAAUUGUCAUUUUGGAGUUUAAAUAUAUUUCAUUUGUCAAUUUUUUUAAUGACAAAAAUGUUAAUAAAUUAGUUGUUAGAAAUGUUUAUCUCUGCUUCUUGUGAUAUCUCCAUUAAGCAAAAUUGGGGUGGAGAGAGGAGUGUAAUACUUUGUUUAUUGUGUAACGUUGUUGUCUUAGAAUAUUAUGUACAUUAUUAUUUUUAAUUAGAUUAUUAGUGAAUGAUAGUGUGUUUGGA